ACUGAUCAGAAAGCCAUGAGAGGCAAUGCAGUAGUUUUCAAGUGCAUUAUCCCCUCCAGCGUGGAGGCAUACGUCACUGUUGUCUCAUGGGAGAAAGACACGGUCUCACUUGUCUCAGAGCACAGAUUUCUCAUUACAUCCACGGGAGCCUUGUAUAUUUCAGAUGUUCAGAAUGAAGAUGGAUUAAACAAUUAUCGAUGCAUUAUAAGGCACAAAUACACAGGUGAAACGCGUCAGAGCAACAGCGCAAGACUGACAGUAUCAGAUCCAACUAACACAGCCCCUUCUAUUAUUGAUGGGUUUGAGCAUCGUAAAGCCAUGACAGGACAGCGAGUGGAACUUCCUUGCAAAGCAUCUGGACACCCAAUACCAAAGUACCGUUGGCUAAAGGAUGGCGUUCUCCUUGAACCAGACAGCCGGAUUCAGCACACCAUUGUGGGUUUACUAAUCGAGAACACGCGACCAUCUGAUUCUGGCAGUUAUGUUUGUGAAGUGUGGAACAAUUAUGGCACUGCUGAAGUUAUUGGAUCCUUGUAUGUAAAACAACCUCUGAAGGUCACAAUCAGUCCUCGGAAAGUAAAGAGCAGCGUUGGAAGCCAGGUUACUUUGUCAUGUAGUGUGACUGGGACAGAUGACCCUGAUAUUUCCUGGUACAGAAAUGGUGAAAUUGUUAACCCUGGGAAUAAUGUUCGGAUAACUGGUGUGAACCGUGAGACUCUAAUAAUGGAUGGGAUGGCAAAAAGCGACAGUGGCGCUUACCAGUGCUUUGUGCGCAAUGAUAAGAUGUCUGCACAAGAUUAUGUUCAGGUGGUGCUUGAAGAUGGGAUUCCCAAAUUUAUUUCUGCUUUUAGUGAAAAAGUGGUGAGUCCUGGUGAGCCCGUAUCUCUUAUGUGCAAUGUGAAGGGAACUCCUCUUCCUACAAUUACCUGGACUCUGGAUGAUGAAACUGUUAUCAAGAAUGGAAACCACAAAAUAAGUCAAAUGAUCACCUCAGAGGGCAACGUUCUCAGUUACUUGAAUAUCACCAAUACGCAAGUCCGAGAUGGUGGAGUCUACCGCUGCACUGCCAACAACUCUGCGGGAGUCGUCCAGUACCAGGCUCGAAUAAACGUAAGAGGUCCUGCAAGUAUUCGCCCAAUGAAAAACAUCACUGCAAUUGCAGGACGUGAUACAUACAUUCACUGUCGCGUGAUUGGAUAUCCUUAUUAUUCCAUUAAGUGGUACAAGAAUGCAAAUCUUCUGCCAUUUAACCAUCGUCAAGUAGCUUUUGAAAACAAUGGCACAUUAAAACUGUCUGACGUGCAAAAGGAUGCAGACGAUGGCGAAUAUAUAUGUAAUGUCCUUGUCCAACCUCAGUUAUCCACGAGUCAAAGUGUUCACGUAACAGUAAAAGUCCCGCCAUUUAUCCAGCCUUUUGAAUCUCAGAGGUUCUCCAUUGGACAAAGGGUGUUUAUCCCUUGUGUGGUGGUCUCAGGGGACCUUCCCAUUACAAUCACCUGGCAGAAGGAUGGAAGGCCAAUUCCAGCAAGCCUUGGGGUCACCAUUGAUAAUAUAGACUUUACCAGUUCUUUAAGGAUUUCCAAUCUCUCGCUGAUGCACAACGGUAACUAUACAUGCAUUGCUCGCAAUGAUGCUGCAGCUGUGGAACACCAAAGCCAAUUAAUUGUGAGAGUUCCUCCUAGGUUUGUUGUCCAACCCAAAGAUCAGGAUGGGAUAUACGGAAAAGCUGUCAUUUUGAACUGCUCUGCAGAGGGGUAUCCCGUGCCCACUAUUGUAUGGAAGUACUCAAAAGGUGCUGGAGUGCCCCAAUUCCAACCUAUUGCAUUGAAUGGUCGUAUACAACUUCUGACCAAUGGCUCUUUACUGAUUAAACACGUUCUGGAGGAAGAUAGCGGAUACUAUCUGUGCAAGGUCAGCAAUGAUGUGGGAGCUGACGUCAGCAAGUCCAUGUAUCUCACGGUUAAAAUUCCUGCUAUGAUCACCUCCUACCCAAACACAACGUUGGCCACACAAGGUCAGAAGAAGGAGAUGAGUUGCACUGCCCACGGUGAAAAGCCCAUCAUUGUCCGAUGGGAAAAAGAGGAUCGUAUGAUUAAUGUUCCUGAGAUGUCUCGCUACUUGGUGUCCACGAAGGAAGUUGGAGAAGAAGUGAUCUCUACUCUGCAGAUUUUACCAACUGUCCGAGAAGAUUCUGGGUUUUUUUCUUGUCAUGCAAUCAACUCAUUUGGAGAAGAUCGAGGAAUUAUCCAGCUUACAGUGCAGGAGCCCCCAGAUCCACCUGAAAUUGAGAUCCGAGAAGUCCGAGCUCGCAGUAUUGCUCUAAGGUGGACUAUGGGAUUUGAUGGCAACAGCCCCAUAACAGGAUAUGAUAUUGAGUGCAAAAACAAAUCAGAUUCCUGGGAUUCAGUUCAGAGAACCAAAGAUGUAUCACCACAGCUGAAUCAGGCAACUAUAAUAGAUCUCCACCCAUCUUCUACGUACAAUAUUCGGAUGUAUGCAAAGAAUCGUAUCGGCAAAAGUGAAGCCAGCAAUGAGCUGACAAUCACAACGGAAGAAGCAGCUCCUGAUGGGCCCCCUCAAGAUGUGCAGCUUGAUCCUAUCUCUUCCCAAAGUAUCAAAGUAACUUGGAAGGCCCCCAAAAAGCACCUGCAAAAUGGUAUUAUCCGUGGCUACCAAAUUGGCUUUCGUGAGUACAGCACCGGCGGCAACUACCAGUUCAAUAUAAUCACCGUUGACACCACAGGGGAUAGUGAGGUUUAUACUCUUGAUAACCUUAAGAAAUUCACACAAUAUGGAGUGGUGGUCCAGGCUUGUAACCGGGCAGGAACAGGGCCUUCUUCUCAGGAAAUCAUCACCACUACGUUAGAGGAUGUGCCUAGUCGUCCUCCUGAGAAUGUUCAGGCAACUGCAUUGUCACCAGAAGUAAUUUCCAUCGCUUGGUCUACUCCUUCCAAAGAAGCCCUCAAUGGAAUUCUUCAGGGAUUCAGGGUUAUUUAUUGGGCCAAUCUUCUUGAUGGAGAACUUGGGGAUAUAAAGAAUGUUACCACAACGCAGCCUUUACUGGAGCUAGAUGGGCUAGAGAAGUAUACUAACUACAGUAUCCAAGUGCUUGCGUUUACUCGGGCAGGAGACGGAGUGCGUAGUGAGCAGAUAUUUACCCGCACCAAAGAGGAUGUUCCAGGUCCAACAGCUGGAGUAAAAGCCGCUGCGGCCUCAGCGUCUGUUGUCUAUGUGUCCUGGCUCCCUCCUCUCAAGCUAAAUGGAAUCAUCCGGAAAUAUACUGUGUUCUGUUCCCACCCCUACCCCACAGUUAUUAGCGAAUUUGAGGCGGCCCCUGAUUCUUUUUUCUACAAAAUCCCAAACUUGAGUAGAAACAGACAAUAUAGCGUCUGGGUGGUUGCGGUGACUGCUGCAGGAAGAGGAAACAGCAGUGACAUCAUUACAGUUGAACCAGUUGCUAAAGCUCCAGCUAGAAUCUUAACCUUUAGUGGCACUGUAACUACACCGUGGAUGAAGGAUAUUGUCUUGCCAUGUAAAGCUGUAGGGGAUCCAUCUCCAACCGUCAAAUGGAUGAAGGAAAGUAACGGGACACCCAGUCUAGUAAUGAUUGAUGGGCGAAGAAGCAUCUACAGCAAUGGAAGUUUUAUCAUUCGCACUGUUAAAGCAGAGGAUUCUGGGUACUAUAGUUGUAUUGCCACUAACAGCUGGGGAUCUGAUGAAAUUGUGCUUAAUCUGCAAGUUCAAGUGCCACCUGACCAGCCUCGACUCACUGUGUCCAAAACCACAUCCUCGUCCAUUACCCUUUCCUGGAUACCAGGAGACAACGGAGGAAGCUCCAUCAGAGGGUAUAUUUUGCAAUACUCAGAGGAUAACAGUGAGCAGUGGGGCAGUUUUCCCAUCAGCCCCAGUGAACGUUCGUAUCGCCUGGAGAAUCUAAAAUGUGGCACGUGGUACAAGUUUACUCUUACAGCACAGAAUGGAGUGGGACCAGGCCGCAUCAGUGAGAUCAUAGAGGCUAAAACCCUUGGGAAAGAACCACAGUUUUCAAAGGAACAAGAACUGUUUGCAAGUAUCAAUACGACACGUGUGAGAUUGAAUCUCAUUGGGUGGAACGAUGGAGGAUGCCCCAUUACGUCAUUUAAUUUGGAAUACCGGCCUUUUGGCACCACAGUGUGGACAUUAGCACAAAGAACGACUCUUUCCAAAUCCUAUAUAUUAUAUGAUCUUCAGGAAGCUAUGUGGUAUGAGCUCCAAAUGAGAGUCUGCAACAGCGCUGGGUGUGCGGAAAAGCAAGCUAACUUUGCUACCCUCAAUUAUGAUGGCAGUACGAUCCCCCCACUAAUUAAGUCAGUGGUGACCAGUGAAGAAGGGAUGGCAACUAACAAAGGGAUAAAGAUGUUGGUCACUAUUUCCUGUAUUUUGAUUGGAGUGCUGCUGCUGUUUGCCCUGUUGCUGAUUGUCCGAAGAAGGAGGAGAGAGCAGAGACUAAAGAGGUUGCGAGAUGCAAAGAGUUUAGCCGAAAUGCUCAUGAGUAAAAAUACUCGGACUUCAGAUACUCUGAACAAGCAACAAACUCUACGGAUGCACAUUGACAUUCCCCGAGCUCAACUUCUUAUAGAAGAACGAGACACAAUGGAAACUAUUGAUGACAGAUCUACGGUGCUAUUGACUGAUGCUGACUUUGGAGAGUCGUCAAAGCAGAAGUCGUUAACAGUUACUCACACGGUGCAUUACCAAUCAGUCUCACAGGCUACUGGGCCACUGGUGGAUGUUUCAGAUGCACGGCCUGGAACAAAUCCAACCACCAGAAAAAAUGCAAAGGCUGGGCCUGCUGCUCGCAACAGAUAUGCUAGCCAGUGGACCCUCAACAGGCCUCAUCCUACCAUAUCUGCGCACACGCUUACAACAGAUUGGAGACUUCCUACCCCCCGAGCUGCAGGGUCAGUGGACAAGGAAAGUGACAGCUACAGUGUGAGCCCGUCACAGGACACAGAUCGAGCGAGGAGCAGUAUGGUCUCCACAGAAAGUGCCUCCUCUACCUAUGAAGAGUUAGCAAGAGCGUAUGAACAUGCAAAGAUGGAAGAGCAGUUGAGGCAUGCCAAGUUUACCAUUACAGAAUGCUUCAUAUCAGAUACUUCAUCAGAACAGCUCACUGCAGGGACUAAUGAGUACACAGACAGUCUGACCUCUAGCACACCGUCAGAGUCUGGAAUCUGCAGAUUUACUGCAUCACCCCCAAAACCUCUGGAUGGAGGAAAAGUACAAAACAUGGCGGCUCCAAAGGCACAUAGACCAGGUGAUGUUAUGAACUUGCCGCCAUAUCUUAGAAUGGACUUUUUAUUAAAUCGCGGUGCUUCAGGAACUAACAGAGACCUGGGUUUAGGGCAGGCUUGCUUGGAACCUCAGAAAAGUCGGACCCUGAAGAGACCUACAGUUUUGGAACCAAUACCAAUGGAAAAUCCAUCAGCACGAGAAGUACAGUCAUGGCAGCCCAGUGCUGCGGCACCAUUACCUCAAAGAGAGGGCACAGAGCUAGGACAGGCAGCAAAAAUUAGCAGUUCUCAAGAAUCACUGCUGGACUCCCGGGGUCACUUAAAAGGAAACAAUCCCUACACAAAAUCUUAUACCCUGGUAUAA